GGGGAGGCGCCGGGCGGGCCGGCGGUGCGGCCGGCCGAGCAUGGCGGCGCUGCGGGUGCUGGAGCUGUACAGCGGCAUCGGGGGGAUGCACCAGGCCCUCAGAGAAAGCUGCACAUAUGCAGAAGUUGUAGCUGCUGUUGAUGUGAACACUCUUGCCAAUGAUGUUUAUAAACACAACUUUCCCAGCACGCCAUUAUGGGCAAAGACUAUUGAGGGCAUAACACUGAAAGAAUUUGAUAAAUUAUCUUUUGAUAUGAUUUUGAUGAGUCCUCCCUGUCAGCCGUUCACAAGAAUUGGCCUGCAAGGUGAUCUGUCUGAUCCACGGACGAAGAGCUUUCUGUAUAUCCUUGAUAUUCUCCCAAGGCUUCAGAAGCUUCCAAAAUACCUACUUUUAGAAAAUGUUAAAGGAUUUGAAUCCUCUUCUGCAAGAAAUGAACUUUUGCAAACAUUAGCAACAUGUGGAUUUAAAUAUCAGGAAUUUCUCUUGUCUCCAACCUGUCUUGGCAUUCCCAAUUCUAGGCUGCGGUAUUUUCUAAUUGCGAAGCUUCACCAAGAACCAUUUUCCUUUCAAGCUUCUGGUCAAAUAUUGACCAGAUUCCCAGAUCAGGAUCCAGAAGAUUUACUCAAGGAAGAAGUUGCUGACAAAGUCAGUGAAACCAGUUCCGCUUUGUCCUCUGAGGAGAAAAAUCUGGAUCCAAACGUUGGUCCAGAUUGCAGCAGCAAGAAGAGUUUACCAAAAGGGUCCUUUCUAUUUAAGCUUGAAACAGUAGAAGAAAUGGAAAGAAAACAUAAUCAGGAUAAUGAUUCCUCUAUUCAAAUGCUAAAAGACUUCUUGGAAGAGGAGAACAAAGAAAUGAGUCAGUAUUUCUUACCACCAAAGUCCUUACUGCGCUAUGCUUUCUUGUUAGACAUUGUUAAACCCACCUGCCGGAGAUCCACAUGCUUUACAAAAGGGUAUGGACACUAUGUAGAAGGCACUGGCUCAGUUCUGCAGACAGCAGUAGAUGUAGAGCUUGAAUCAGUGUUUAAACACAUUGACAAGUUACCGGAAGAAGAGAAACUUAAGAAGUUGUCAACACUAAAACUGAGGUACUUUACCCCAAGAGAAAUAGCAAAUCUUCAUGGAUUCCCUUUGGAAUUUGGUUUUCCUGAAAAGGUAACAGUAAAGCAAUGCUAUCGUCUUCUGGGAAAUAGCCUCAACGUACACGUGGUGGCAAAAUUGAUCUCCAUUCUGCUUGAAUAAUUUAGAGCCUGAAACUGAUGCAUAUGGACUGGUGACAGAAAAUACUUCCAUCUUUUAGGAGAAAGCUGAUGGAACCUGGACAAAAACCAGAGCUUACCAAGAUAUUUGUCCAGAUAUUUUGCUGAACAGUUUUGAUAUGUUUUUCAUAACUUGCAUUCAUGAUGGAUUUGAACUGUAUAGGUAUUUUAUUUAAAUGGCAGUUUGCAGGACUUACUUGCCUUUUGUUGUUGCUGUUGUUGGUUUUUUGGGGUUUGUUUUGGGUUUUGUUGGUUUUUUGGGGGUUUUUUUGGUGGUUUUUUUGUUUGUUUGGUUUUUUUGUUUUUGUUUUUGUUUGCAGAAUGAAAAAUAGCAGCAUAUGCAAAUACUUCAAUUAGAAAGGAUAAGAUUAUUUUAUUUUUUUUAUCUUAAAACCAUUUUCUCAGUACUGUGUCAAAGCUGUUUUAAUUAGGUUCAGAGACCAAGUUCUACGUGUAAAAUGUCUUCAUCUGUAAACGUAAGUGAUGCAUUCUGAAAAGAUUUACUGUAUAUAUAAUCUGAAAUUUUGGUGUGAUUUUUGUAGCUCAUGAAACUAUUAAAUUCAGUAUUUUAUAUACAAUUUUUUAAUAUAUAGUGUUGUUCUUUAUGGUUGUCUCAUCUUC